AUGUACAUCUAUCUAUCUAUCUAUCUAUCUAUCUAUCUAUCUAUCUAUCUAUCUAUCUAUAUAUAUAUAUCUAUAUCUAUCUAUCUAUAUAUAUAUAUAUAUAUAUUAUAUAUAUAUGAAACAAUGUCAGGACUCAGACGUGAUAGCUCCCUAUCAAUAAAAGCCGCUUUCCGGAUAUGGUCGUGUGACAUGUCCAUAUUAUCAAUACCUCUCUGCAUUGUACGGACGUUCCAAGUUCCAGGCCGGCAGCAACUUUUUGUUUUUCUUUUUCUUACGACCAAUUAUUUUGAAUUUUUACUUCCUUACUUCUUUUUCUUUUUUUCUCAUCCUUUUUUUAAUUUAAUUAAUUUCGUUGUUUUUACUUUUUUCCUUUGUACGCAUUUAAUUAUUCUUACAUUUCUUUCUUUCUUUUUUUAUUUCUUUCUCAUCCUUUUUAUUUAUUUAAACUUUUUACUUGCUUGCUUUUUUAUUCUUUCUUACAAUCUUUUUGAUUCGCCAUUUUGUUUGUUUAGUUUAUUCUUUUCCCUACAUAUUGAUAUUUCUUCAAAAACUUCUUCAAUUUAUAUUUUUUUACAUGCCAUUGAUUAUGUUAUAUAUUAUAUUUUCUUUCUUUCUUUCUUUCUUUCUUUCUUUCUUUCUUUCUUUAUUUCUUUCUUUCUUUCUUUCUUUCUUUCCUUCCUUCCUGCUGAUUUUCUUUUGUGA